UGCACUUGGUUUCUAGACAUGUCUUGUGAAUCCAUGUUGUGAUGAAAUAUUUUUCCCUUUUUCUGCAGAACCCCAAGUCAUUAAUAAACCAGACACCAAGAGGAUCCGUUGAGCUCUCUUCUCAACCCUCCAUUACCAAGGUCUCUGCUGGUCAAGUACAAAACAGCAUUAGCUCAUCAGGCCUUUCCAGUUAUUUAAUUCCACAGUGUGAUCAGGAAGCUUCAGUUUUACAGAACAUAGAGCAUAAGAGAAAGCAUUUCCUAAAGGAAAAUAUAGGCAAAGAAGAUAAGGACAGCUUGAAUCUUAAAAGAAAAUAUAUUACAUGUAGUAAUUCCCCAGAAAAAGCAAGUAAACACACAGCGCUGGGAAAAGAGACUGAUGGGACCGAAUCCUGGCAAAAUUCCGAGGACACAAGAGCUUUGGGGAAACAGCUGUGUGAUGUUAGAUAUUUGGGUGAUUUGGCAAAAGUCCAGCUGAUGGAUGUUCUCAAGCAGGCAGCAGCCCUGGUGGUGACAUUGAUGUACAAGGACGGUUCCACACAGCUCAGUGCCAAGCAGGCUUUAACUCGUCCUGUUAAAGGAAUUGUGGUGUUACUAAAAAGCCAUGUAGGCAGCAGCCCUCUGAUUCUCCCAGCCCAUGGUGGUGCUCUGGGCAAGGCUUUCACAUCCACAGAUCACUGUAUCUACAUACAUACCGAGCAUUCCCCUUUCUGGGACCCAAAGCAAGAAGCACAUAGACUAUUCGUCAGGAACAUACUGUUUUGGACACUUAGGUGUAAAUGCCCUGUUGUUUGUUUUAAUGCCAAGGACUUUGUGAGAGCAGUACUGCAGCUUUAUGGUGAGGAUGGCAGUUGGAAGCAUGUUGCUGGUUUUGUAGGACUAGAUCCCAGAGUUGCUGCAUGGCUCAUAGAUCCCAGUGACACUGCACCUUCAUUUGAAGAUUUAGUAGCAAAACACCUAGAAAAGUCCAUCACAGUCAAACCAAGCAGCACAUUCAGUGAUGCAUCAAUAAAUAUUGUGAGUCAGAACGUAUGUGUGAACCUGAAGAUACUCUACGACCUUACAAUGGAUCUUUGUUCUAAGUUGAAGGCUUAUGGCUUAUGGCAGCUAUUUUGUACUUUGGAGCUUCCAUUGAUACCAAUUUUGGCAGUGAUGGAAAACCACAAGAUUUCAAUUGACAAAGAAGAAAUGGAGAGGACAUCGGCACUCCUUGGGGCUCACCUCAAGGAAUUGGAGCAAGAAGCCCAUUUUGUUGCAGGAGAACAGUUUCUUAUAAUGAGUAAUAAUCAACUUCGUGAGAUCCUCUUUGGCAAGUUGAAGCUGCACCUGUUGAGUCAGAGGAAACAUCUUCCCAGAACUGGGCUGCAGAACCAGCUGUCUACAUCAGAAGCCAUGUUAAAUUCUCUACAAGACCUUCACCCAUUACCCAAGAUAAUUCUGGAAUAUAGACAGGUUCACAAGAUCAAGUCAACUUUUAUAGAUGGAUUACUAGCUUAUAUGAAAAAGGGCUCCAUCUCUUCUACAUGGAAUCAGACUGGAACUGUCACAGGGAGACUUUCAGCCAAGCAUCCUAAUAUCCAGGGUAUCUCCAAGCACCCAAUCCAGAUUUCUAGGCCUCGGAAUUUUAAAGGUAAAGAAGAGGAGACUGCCACCAUCUCUCCAAGAACUCUGUUUGUGUCCUCUGAAGGCCACACCUUCUUGGCAGCAGACUUUUCACAGAUUGAAUUGCGCAUUCUUGCACAUUUAUCUGGGGAUCCAGAGCUUUUGAAGUUAUUCCAGGAAUCUGAAAGAGAUGAUGUAUUUUCGACCCUGACUUCACAGUGGAAGGACAUUCCCAUAGAGCGUGUGACACACAUGGACAGAGAACAGACCAAGAAAGUGGUGUACUCCGUGGUCUAUGGAGCCGGAAAAGAACGGCUUGCUGCUUGCCUUGGAGUCACUGUUUUGGAAGCCACCCACUUUUUGGAGCAAUUUCUACAGAAGUACAAGAAAAUCAAGGACUUUGCCCAGACAGUUAUUGGCCAGUGUCACAGCGCAGGCUAUGUGGCAUCCAUCUUGGGUAGAAGGAGGCCUCUCCCGAGGAUCUGUGCACAGAACCAGCAGCUUCGGGCACAAGCAGAGCGACAAGCAGUAAACUUUGUGGUACAAGGCUCAGCCGCAGACCUCUGUAAGCUAGCCUUGAUUCGCAUCUUUGCUGCAGUGGCCACGUCCCCGACCCUGACAGCCAGGUUAGUUGCCCAAAUCCAUGAUGAGCUGCUGUUUGAAGUAGAAGAUACUCAGAUCCCUGAGUUUGCAGCUCUUGUCAGAAGGAUCAUGGAGUCCUUGCAACAGGUACAGACCUUGGAACUGCAGCUGCAGGUGCCCCUAAAGGUGAACUUGAGUAUUGGCCGCUCAUGGGGACACCUGACCCCACUGCAGGAGACCCUGGGCUCAGCCUGACCCAUCUCCCAGCAACAGUCCAGCAACCAGUGAGGUCCCUGCUUUCUACCCCCAUAAAGGGCUUUUUCUUUCAUCCUGCGUAUCUGUAUCCCUGGGCAACAGUGGAAUGAGAGAGUUUGUUUCCACCAAUCCAUCCUACAGCCUUUUCCCAUGUCACAAGCUUGCACUCUAUGAGGGCUAAACUAUACAGGCUACAUUAACCCUUUGUGGAACAACUAGGGUACCUGAAGUAAAUGUCUAAUGAGAAGCUGA